GAGAGAGGCAGAACAUAGAGAGAGAGAGAGAGAGAGAGACAAUAGAGAGAAAGAGAGACAGAGAGAGAGGCAGAACAUAGAGAGAGAGAGAGAGAUUUAAAGGAGGUGUGGUGUACUCCGUCACUCAGAGGUGUGUCUCUGAACGGUAAGUAUCAAAGGAAAUGAAAUAUUUCUUUAAUCUGAGCGCGCAUACACACACACACACACACUCACACACUACCUCUCUCGCGCGCUGUCUCUCUCGCUCUCUCACACACGGAUUUAUUUAUUUGAGUAUUUAUGAUUUUUAUUGGAUAUACAGUUACAGUACAGACUUUCUGAGCAGAACUCCAGGACAGGAACGCACGGGAGAACUCACACAGGAGAACUCACACAGGAGAACUCACACAGGAGAACUCACACGGGAGAACUCACACAGGAGAAGUCCAGGACAGGAGAAGUCCAGGACAGGAGAAGUCCCACAGCAGAAGUCCCACAGGAGAAGUCCGGAUCCCGGAGUACAGCAGCGGGGUGGGUAUGAGACGGUGAAGAGCGUGCGCAGGAAUUUCAGCCUUCUCUGAUUUCAAGUCCUGACGAGUGUGAAACAAUGACGACCUUAAACCACGAAUCAAACAUCAGCACUCCGCUGACCCAAACGAAGAAGUCGGUGGAUGUAGAGAAAGGCUCUGACGGUCAACACCUUCCAGUGAAAGACUACAGGAAACUGGCCAUCUGCAGCAUCAUAUGCGGCCUGUCCUGUGUUGGCAUAGUGUCUCUCAUUUACUCAGUUAAGACUCGGGAGUCCAACAAGAAGUACGGUGGUGAAGCGCCGAACAAAGCCAAAGAAUAUUCUAGAAAAACCCUACAAUGGGGAACAGGAGCCAUCGUUGCAUGGUGUGGUCUUCUUAUCCUCAUCCCACUGCUGUUGGGACUGCUGUCGUACCUUCUGACGUUUAUAAACUGAAGCGCAGUUCAUCAAAAACGCCAAAUGGAGAACAUCUGAGCCCAAGAAACAGAGUCAUGGACCUCCAAAUAAACAAACAAGACAGACAUAGGGAUCCAAAGCUGCCAAGCUGAGACACAGAGACCCCAAAAAACUUUCAAAUGCAGACCUGAAAACGCCAAGACGAAAAGACCAAACUGAAACAUGGAGUCCAAAAAGACAUCCCGCCAAACAAGAGCUGUGAAAGCCAGAAGUAGAACUCGACACGAACCGCAUCAAAGAGGAUUCCUCCACCAUCACCGCCACCUCCAGCAAGGCUAGUCCUUCUAACCAGUAACUGGAAUCAAACUUGAUAGAAGCCCCAAAACCCAAAGCAGCUCCACAUAGAACGCAGCAUUAAUUUUUUUGGCAGCAUUUGCACUUCUAAGAUUUCCCAUUUGGACAGCAGUUGCUCGUUUUGGUCAAAACACCUGAACCAAAAGCGGUAAAGUCGAGAUGAACUUUUUUUGAGCUUGCUUUAUCACUGUGGUGGAUUUCUACAGGGUGUGUAGAACGUUUCUGACCUCAUGGACCACUGAGCAUUAAUCCAUUUCAGAUUACACACACACACACACACACACACACACACACA